AUGGCGAUUGCCAUGGGAUGGCAAAAGCCCGACGAUUACGCGGGCUCCUCAGCACCCGCCAUCGUUCUCGGCAUGUUUGUCGCUUGCGGCGGUGUGUUGUUCGGUUAUGAUACUGGGGCGAUAAACGGUAUCAUGGCCAUGCGCGCAUUCAAGGAUCAGUUUGGAACCGUAGAAUGUCUGGAUAGGACGAAUCAGCUGGAUAUAUGCACAGACGACUCAGCGAUUCUGGUCGCCAUUCUCAGCGCAGGGACUGUCAUUGGAGCCCUACUUGCUGCACCCUCGGCCGAUUCACUUGGACGACGAAAUACACUCUUGAUUUCUGUGGGCAUCUUCUGCGUUGGUGCGAUAUGCCAAGUCUGUGCCUCGGCCUUGCCGAUGAUGCUGGGCGGACGAAUGUUGGCAGGUCUAUCCAUCACCAUUGGUCUCUUUGGCGCAUCGAUUGUCAAUAUCCUCACUGAGAGCAUGGAGACCUCGGCUGCCUAUCGCAUUCCGCUGGGUUUGCAGUUCGUGCCAGCACUGGCCUUGACCGGCGUAUUCAUCUUCCUACCCGAAACUCCACGGUUUCUCAUCAUGAAGGGUCGUCACGAGCUUGCGGGUCAAUCACUCAGCAGACUGCGACGCUUGGAUAUGACACACCCUGCCUUGGUGGAUGAGUUGCAGGAGAUCACAGCCAAUCAUCAGUAUGAGAUGUCACUCGGAGCUGAUGGCUAUCGCGAUAUCUUUCGCAAUUCUGCUCACCUGCGGCGACGGACACUGACUGGCUGUGCCCUUCAAAUACUGCAACAACUUACUGGCAUCAAUUUCAUCAUGUACUACAGUACGACCUUCUUCGACGGUGCAGGGGUGCAAAGCCCCUAUGCCAAAGCGCUUAUCAUGAACGCCAUCAACGUGGCUUCCACGUUCCCCGGACUCCUCGUUAUCGAGUCGUGGGGCCGUCGAAAACUGCUCAUGGUAGGGGCAGCCGGCAUGGCGACCUGCCAGUUGCUCAUGGCCACUUUCGCUGCGGCUGCCGGCAGGGAUUUACAGGAGGCUGCGCAGAUGAUAUUGAUUGUUUUCUGUGCCAUCAACGUCUUCUUCUUCGCGGCAUCGUGGGGUCCGGUGGCGUGGGUGGUCACGUCUGAAAUUUAUCCUCUCAAGGUCCGCGCCAAGGCGAUUUCUGUGUCGACAGCAUCCAACUGGCUGUUCAACUUUGCCAUCGCCUAUUCAAGCCCCUACAUGGUAGGCAAUGGGCCCGGUCACGCCGAUUUUGGAUCCAAAAUUUUCUUUAUUUGGGGCGCUUUUUGCCUAGUGGCGGUAUUCUUCGUCUGGUUCAUGGUAUACGAGACAAGCAAGAUCAGUCUGGAGCAGAUUGACGAGAUGUACGAGCGCGUGCCGCACGCAUGGCGCAGCAAAGAUUUCGAGCCGAGCUGGAGCUUCCAGCAAAUGGUGGACGAAGGGUGGUCGCCGAGCGCUCGCCCCUCGUCGCAGCACGAACUGCAGUCAACAGAAUCGCAAGCCAGCGGCGAAACGACGCUGGGUGAUGCUGCAUCAUCAGCAACCGCCAACCAUAGCGAGGGCUCAUCAAGCAACGAUAACAGACCCCCCGAAAACAAAAAUCAACCGGUCAUGGCGCAAGUCGAUUUUAGCUACUAG